AUGUACAGGGUUGACGGGCAAAUCAAGAAGUUCAGCACCCAGUUCAUCACCCAGUGUCCAUCCGACUACAACCAUGGUCAGCAGUUGCUGGGGUGGGCCAUGGGCCAGAAGGUAAACCAAGGGCCCGCUGGAUCUGGACAUGACCAGCUGGGGGAGCCAGAGAGCCAACUUGGAGGACCAGAGAGCCAGCAGGGGGGACCAGAGAGCCAGCAGGGAGGACCAGAGAGCCAGCAGGGGGGACCAGAAAGCCAGCAGGGAGGACCAGAGAGCCAGCAGGGGGGACCAGAGAGCCAGCAAGGGGGACCAGAGAGCCAGCAGGGGGGACCAGAGAGCCAGCAGGGGGGACCACAGAGCCAGCAGGGGGGACCAGAGAGCCAGCAAGGGGGGACCAGAGAGCCCAGCAGGGGGGACCAGAGAGCCAGCAAGGAGGACCAGAGAGCCAGCAGGGAGGACCAGAGAGCCAGCAGGGAGGACCAGAGAGCCAGCAGGGGGGACCAGAGAGCCAGCAAGGGGGACCAGAGAGCCAGCAGGGGGGACCAGAGAGCCAGCAGGGAGGACCAGAGAGCCAGCAGGGAGGACCAGAGAGCCAGCAGGGAGGACCAGAGAGCCAGCAGGGAGGACCAGAGAGCCAGCAGGGGGGACCACAGAGCCAGCAGGGGGGACCAGAGAGCCAGCAGGGAGGACCAGAGCCAGCAGGGGGGACCAGAGAGCCGCAGGGAGGACCAGCCAGCAGGGGGGACCAGAGAGCCAGCAGGGAGGACCAGAGAGCCAGCAGGGGGGGGGGACCCAAAGAGCCAGCAGGGAGGACCAAGAGAAGGAGCCAGCAGGGGGGACCACAGAGCCAGCAGGGGAGUUCAGAGGGUGGCUGAGAAAUCAGAGGCAACCACCAAACCCAAGAGAAAGCCUCUGGAAGAGAAUGGAGAUAAAGAAUGGUUCAAAAUGUAUUUAUCUCCCCAUUUAAAGAAGUGA